AUGCUGCGGGACGCGCUGCAGAUCGUAGGCAACCUCCAUCUCACGAAGGGGGACUCCGAGCUCGCGCUCGAGGUGGCCGAGGACGCCCUCGGCGUGUUCCAGCGGCUCCAGGAACGGACUUCGUCGGGAGGGCGCACGCGAGGCGCCUUGAGGCGCAGGCAAGGCUCGACAUCUUCGUCCGGGAGGAGCGCGGACCUGCAGUGGAGAGUCAAGCUCCAGAGCGACUCCAAGCAGCAGGCCAGCCGCAUGCGGAUCGCGGAGAAGAGGGCGCAGGAGUUGUACUCUGUGGCGGUGAAGGCGGCCAGGGCAGCGGUGGACGCGGCCCGAGCCUGCGGCGAGAAGCGAUCCCUCGCCGGGUCGCUGCACCUCCUGGGGCUGACGCUGGGCGCCUCACGGGUGGAGGCGGCCUGCAAGGAGGCCCUGCAGCACGCGCUCGCCGCGUCGAGGCUCAGCCACGAGUGUGGCGACUGCAACCUCGAGGCCCAGGCCCUGCUUGCGCAGGCCGACCUGCGCCUGCUCCUGGGCGAGCAGCCCUCGUUGCUGGGGGCCCCGAGCAGCCUGGAGCCCCUCGGCCACCUUGCGGGCGGGGCGGGCCAGGCGGCGGAGGGAGGCGCGGGGGAGAUCGGGGCCCACCUGGGAGGGAUGAAGAUCAGCCACGCGCCAGCGGGCGCGGCGGCACUGCUUGGGGGCCUCGACGAGCCGCCCCAGGCCUCGCAGGCCACGGCGGACCCGCCCGCGGCAGAGGCCUCCGCGGAGAUGCUCGGCGUCGUCGCUCGGCUCGCCAAGUCCGCCAUCGGGUUCCCGGACGAGAUCGACCAGGAGGGGGGACGCCGCCCUCAUGGACGUCGGCAUGGACAGUCUCUCGGCAGUGUCCUUCCGCAAUGGCGUCCAGCAGAGGACUUGGGGCUCAAGCUGCCGAGCACGCUCGUGCUCGACCACCCCACCCUGCGCGAGGUGGCGGCGCAACUGCAGGAACUCGGCGGCGGCGGCGCGGGCUAG